AUGGCGAGCCCAGCACCCCCAUCAUCUGCAUCUCGCAGGCAACGCGCCUCGCACACCGUCGUGUCCCCAACGGCCCACCACAACAGCCAUCACCACCAUCAACAGCCAUAUUCGAACCAGGGGCACACGUCGUUGCUCCCGGUGCCCCAUCACAGCAACAACGCCGAUUCUCACACUAACAGCCAGCCGAGCGCUGCGCUCACCCAAAAUCCGCAAUACCCCGACGUGUACGCGCACCCGGCGGCGGUAGCGUACAGCGCCGCCCAUCCGAGACGAACCAUCCCCAAGUUUGGGCCGUAUCUGCUUUUGCAGACGCUCGGCGAGGGUGAAUUCGGAAAGGUUAAACUCGGGUUGCACAGCCAGUGGGGAGAAGAGGUUGCUGUAAAGUUGAUUCGCAGAGGGAAUGUGGACAGCACUGUGAGGAUGAGCAAGGUCGAACGGGAAAUUGAAGUCUUGAAGACCCUCAAGCACCCAAACAUCGUACGUUUGUACGAUGUCAUCGAGACCGACAAGUACAUCGGAAUCAUUCUUGAGUAUGCCUCGGGCGGAGAAUUGUUCGACCACAUUUUGGCACACAGAUACCUACGGGAGAAGGACGCAGCCCGACUUUUUUCGCAGCUCAUCUCAGGGGUGUGGUACAUCCACCAAAAGAAGAUUGUGCAUCGAGACCUAAAGCUGGAGAACCUGCUGUUGGACCGCAACAGGAAUGUGAUCAUCACCGACUUCGGCUUUGCGAACAGGUUCGAGCACAAGAGCGACGACCUCAUGCAGACGAGCUGCGGUAGUCCGUGCUAUGCCGCCCCUGAGCUCGUUAUCAGCGAGGGACUGUAUGUCGGCAGCGCGGUCGAUAUUUGGAGUUGUGGUGUUAUUCUGUAUGCCAUGCUCGCUGGAUAUCUGCCCUUCGACGACGACCCGGCCAAUCCGGAUGGCGACAAUAUCAAUCUGUUGUACAAAUACAUCGUUUCGACCCCUCUAAGCUUCCCAGACUACAUUUCAGCUGAAGCGCGAGACCUCUUGAGUCUCAUGCUCGUUCCGGACCCGACCCGCAGGACGUCUCUGGAGGGCGUCAUGCGCCACCCGUGGUUGAGUGCGUAUUGGGUUGAUAGCUCUGGAGGACGCAAAAACAACACAGACGGGGGUCCUCCUGUUGCAUUUGGCAGGACGGUCGAAGAGCUCGAGAAACUCGCCAUGGACGGCCACCAGCAGAAGCGCAUCCAGUAUCAGAAACAGAUGCGCCAGGCGGCUGCCGCUGCCGCUGCCGCAAACUCUGGAGCCGGAGGGUCAUCGGGUUCCAAUGCGAUGGCGGCAGGCGGGAGCGGCACAGCUGUUGCGCCUACCCCUGGAAGGACGCAGAGCCAUAGGCCGACGGAACACCGUGAUCGUGAACGAGACAGGGAGAGGGAGCGAGAGGCGAUAUAUGCCCAACAGCAGCAACAACAGCAGCAACAAUCGUCCAGACAGCAACAAGGGGGCGCUACGCCGCGCAGCCGCUCCGUGCAGCCUGAAUACCUAUACGACUCGUCCGUCGACCAGUCGCUCUCUAUGUCUCCUGGUGGGCCUGCUCAGGCUUCGGCGUCGAUGCCGCUUGUCAGUGCAGCAGCACUGCAGCAACCUGCAACACCCACUGCCAAUGCGGGCAAUGCUAAAGGCAAGGCUCCAAAGGUGUACGGCAGCCCAGCGGCGGCCGGUCUCAGUGAUGACGAUCCGUUUGCGUUCACGUCUGGCCCGCCUUCGAAUGGUGCCGUGUCGGGUUUGCCUCCAGUUUCUGGCGGUUUGCCCCCUGUCUCCGGAGGGCUUGCGCCGCCAGGUAUUCCUCCUGCUCAGGCAUCCAAUGGCAACGCUAAUAAAUCACCUGGAGGAGACAAAUUCAGACAUACGAUCCAGGUUGAGUAUGAUGCGCCUAAAGGACGCAGAGGACGAAGCGGAAGCCAGAGCCAAGGCCAGAGAGAAAGGCAGCAACAGGCUCAGCAGCAGCAGCAGCAAACAGAGAAGAGAUCUCCGCCCAAGCCUCUGCCCUCGCCGCCUCCUGUAGCCGCGUCAUCGCCUGCUGUGUCGACGACCACAGCCACUGCACCGUCUGCAUAUCGCCCACCUCCUGCAACAGCAUCGUCUCCGCCUUCAGCGGCAGCCAAAGCCGCCGCCGCCGCAAAUGCGAAUGGUUUGAGCAUCAAUGUGUCCAGCGCACCAGCGCCUGCUCCUGUGUCCGCGGCGCCUACACAAGCGUCCGAGUCGACCUUCACGAACGCGCCAACGACGCCGGAUGUCGCGACGGGCACGACUGGGUCAACGUCGUCCAUCAAGCCGCCGUCGGUUUCGGGCCAGCAGCAGCAGGGCCACAAGAAGGGAAAGUCUAGUGUGGACCGCAUGGGCCUCGGCAAGAUCUUUGGUGGGCUCGGAAGCGGCGCAGGCCCGAAUGCCGCUGCGAAGGACGACGGGGAUGUGACGCCCAGCGCCAGCGUCGGGAGUGUUGUGCUUACCCCUAGUGCGACGGCGAGUGUGAGCGCAAGCGAGGAGGACAAGGAGAGUAAAGAGAGUAAUGGCACUGGCGGUAGUAGCAGCAGGCAGCCAACGAAGAAGGCAAGCAGGCGGAACACGCUUACAGUCAUGGUUGAGCCAUUCCGCUCGGUCAGAGGGAAGAAGGACAAGGAGAGCAAGGAGAAGGACAAGGAUAGGAGGAUGGCGAGUACGCCGGUUGCUGCGGCAUACCCGCAUCGCGAUGUGUCUGGUUCAAAGAGCGCGCUGCCUGGCGUUGCGGGUGCGGGUGCAGGCGCAGGUGCGAUGACCUUGGCUGUUCCGACGACUGCGCCUGUGCCCGGCCCUGUGUCGGCUAUUGAGCCAAGUCCCGGAGGCGGAGGUGCGUUCUCGCCGUCGCAGGAAUUUGGCGGCGUGCCAACACCUGGAAGCGGGAUGCAGGCGUCGACGAGCAAGGCAAAGAAGGUCAUGCAGUGGUUCAGGACCAAGUCGAAGGGCCGGGAGUCUGUCGGGUACGGUCUCAACAUGGGUGGACCAGGAGGCGACGAAGAGGCGACGCCUACACCUACGCAUCCUGGUCAGGGUCACGAGUUGCAGCAGCAACAGCAGGAGGGCAAGUACAAGAGAGGUUACUCAGCUUCCAGCAGCACUGUCAAUCAGCAGGAAAAGGAAAAGGAGUUGCAACAACAGCAGCCAGCGACGGCGGCGCCUCAAGUUGUGGUCACUACGCCCUCCACGCCCCGCCCUUCUGGUGCUCACACGGCUACAUCCAACGCGAAAGGAAAUGCAAGCAAGACGCCCAUCCAGCCCCUGCGCACGGCGAGUGCCGCGACGGACGCGAGCGCGUCAGCGGCUAGCAUCAGCGCGUCGAGCUUCGUCACGAGGUUCAGGAACAGCGUCACGGCCGUCGGGCGCGAGCGCAACACGUCGACGACCGAAAAGCAUCAUCAUCAUCAUCAUCAUCAUCAAAACCAGCACGCGCACCCACAUGGCCAGGCGGGUCAGCAGGCGCCGCAUCCGUACAGCCAACUACGGAUCCAUCACGGCGCGGUGGACCAGACGACGAUCACCACGCGUCCGCCGCCGGAAGUGAUGGCGCAUGUGAAGAAGGUUCUUGAGGGUAUGGGUGUUGAGGCGCAGAUGGAGAGCGAAUACAAGGUCAGGUGUGUCAGGGUCAAGAAGAAGAAGGAUACUAUUGUUGCUGGUCAAGAAGGGGAGGGACAGGGCCAGUUGGCGGUUGUGACCAUGAUGGGCAGCGCUGCGUCUAACGGGGUCGACAAGCGUGGUUUACCGCUUCCUUCUCCCUCUGCGUUUUCGGGGACAGGGGGCAUGCUCCGCGGGCUGCUCAUGCGCAGACAAUCCUCGCAGGUUUCGACUCAUGGACCCGCCUCUUCCUCUACAUCUGUGUCAGGAGCAGCAGGCAACAACUCUCUGGCGUUCGACGAUGAGACUUCAGUGGUCGUUGGCGAGCCUUUGAACAUGAACGGACAAGACACUCUGGGCAGCCCGAUUUCGCCAUCGCCAUCGCCACUCACUGCGGUGCCUGCUGCAUCCUCUAGUUCCAGCAAAGCGGGUAAGGGACCAGCGUAUGGAGACCCUAACCAAGAUGCUGGUGACGAAGUGCGGUUCAGCGUUGAGCUGACUCGACUGGAUCGAUUGAACGAUACGUACAGCUUGGACAUUAGAAGGCUGAAGGGCAAUUUGAGGAGUUAUAAGUUUUUGUAUGAUACUUUGAGAGAACGCGCGGACUUGUCUGCUGCCCACUAA